GAAUUAAAAAGUGAUGGGGUUGGAUUUGAAUUAUAUAAUCUGUAGCCCAACAAAUGAAGGCUUGGUAAAUCGGCCGUCGACAAGCCCCAGCCCCAGCCACGACGCCCUACGCCUUUCACUCGAAAACAAAACAGACCCACAGCCGUACCAAUCGCCAGGUUUCAUUUUAACUUUCUUCUUCAUUCCUAAAAUACUUGAUUGACAUAUUCUGCCUUGUGAAUUGGAAUUUCAAACUUGACUUUGUUGGAUUAAUCUUGGGAACGAAAAGUGUCUUAAGAUUUGGGAUAGAACAAGUAGAUGUUCCCUCAUGGUCUAUGGUAGGGGUGAAUAGUGGGUGUGGAUUAAGGAGUCGUGGAUUUGGGUUUAGAAUAGUGGGUUUCAUUGCCAGUAACGCGUGAAUGAUUCUGUCAAGCACAGAUAUGAAACUCAUGUAAUCGUGUACCUUUUUUCCCUAUUCCAGAUUAAUUAAUUAAUAAUAAAAGUAGAGAGAUGAGCAGACUGGGGAGCGGAGGAGACGGGCAUCUUGUUGAUUAUUUGAGGCGAAAGCAAGCCGAGAAUCCCAGUUUCUUUUAUUUGCAAUCUAAUGGAAAUAUGUUUUGGGCUGAUUCAACUUUCAGGAUCAACUACAAUUAUUUCGGUGAUACUGUUAGACUAGACACCUCAUACAAAGCCCAUCACUAUAUGCUACCAUUGGUCUCCAUCACUGGUCUAAAUCACCACGCUCAACCCGUUUUAUUUGGUUGCGCAUUGCUUAAUUAUGAGUCCGAUUCAGCUUAUGUUUGGCUACUCCAAAAUUGGUUGCAUGCAAUGUCUGGAAACUACCCAGUCUCCAUUACAACCGAACCUGAUCAUCGUAUACAGAUGGCUGUUGCACAGGUUUUGCCUCAAACCCAUCACCGUUUCUGCAGAUGGAGCAUUUUUAGAGAGACCCAUGAGAAACUGGCCCAAACCUGUCAUCCUACAUUUCACGAGGACUUUAGGAAGUGUAUCCACGAGACAGAGACAGUCGACGAGUUUGAAUCUUGUUGGCAAGCUCUUGUUGCGAGAUUCACCCUCGCGGAUAACGAAUGGCUUCAGUCUAUCUACAGCGCACGCCAUCAAUGGGUUCCUGUUUACAUGCAAGAGACGUUUUUUGGAGAACUGUAUCCUACUGAAGAAACCAGUAGUCGAAACACAUUCUUUGAAGGGUAUGUGAAUGCAACAACGUCGAUGCAGUCACUGGUUAAACAAUACGAGAGUGCGGUAACAGGUUGGCAUGAGAUGGAAUUAAAGGCGGAUUUUGAGACUGCCAACACCACGCCACUCCUAAAAACGCCGUCUCCCAUGGAAAAACAAGCAGCCAGUCUCUAUACCAGAAGGGCGUUUUUGAAAUUUCAAGAGGAGCUAGUGGAGACCCUUGCUAAUCCCGCAACUAAAGUUGAAGAUACAACGUACCGGGUGGCCAAAUUUGGGGAUGGGGAGAAAGCACAUCUAGUCCGGUUCAAUCCGUUGGAGAUGAAAGCUGUUUGUAGCUGCCAUAUGUUUGAGUCUUCAGGCAUAAUAUGUCGACAUGCUUUAUCAGUUUUCAGAGCUAAGAAUGUCCUUACACUGCCAUCUGAAUAUGUUUUGAAGAGAUGGAGUAGGGAUGCCAAUGUUCCAUCUUCUACUCAACAAGACUCUUUGAGCGUACGCUAUAACAGUUUAAGGAAGGAGGCCAUAAAGUUUGUAGAAGAAGGAGCAAAAUCUAUACACAUAUACAAUGUAGCACAGGAUGCUCUGCAGGUGGCUGCAAACAAAGUUGCGGCUUCAAAGAAACGAGUUAACCAGCAGAGUCUCAUAUUAAAUCAACAAACGCCAGAGAGUGACAAGGAAAAGAAAAUCCGUGAACUGACUAGUGAGCUGGAAAGUACAAAUGAGCGAUGUGAAGUGUAUCGUGCAAAUCUGUUGGCUGUUUUGAGAGAAAUGGAGGACCAGAAGUUGAAGCUUUCUGUUAAGGUGCAGAAUGCAAGGCUAACCUUGAAAGAAUGAAUGCCCCUGCUUCCUGCAACGCCCCGACUCCCAAUCUAUAUAUACAACGCUAAAUAUUUAGGAUGUGUUUGGUGGAUUGGCUAUCGGGGUUCUACAAAUACAUUAUUCAUCGAUUGAUACACGUAUGAAUUGAAUGGUUGUUAAAUAUUUUGAUUGGUCAGUACGUAUUUAUACAUAGUACUUCAAUUGUGGUUUUUUUAUCUAACUAUAUUUUUUUUUU